CGCGUUCUUCAGACGCACAGUUGAGGCCAACGUGGCGGCCAUGGGUCGCCGGCCGGCUCGCUGUUACCGUUACUGUAAAAACAAGCCAUACCCCAAGUCUCGUUUCUGCCGGGGUGUCCCGAAUGCGAAGAUUCACAUCUUUGACCUGGGGCGGAAGAAGGCCAAAGUGGACGAGUUCCCAUUGUGUGCCCACAUGGUAUCCGGUGAACACGAGCAGUUGUCGUCAGAAGCCCUGGAGGCCGCCCGCAUCUGUGCCAACAAGUACAUGGUGAAGACCUGCGGCAAAGAUGGCUUUCACAUCCGGGUGCGGCUCCACCCCUUCCACGUCAUCCGCAUCAACAAGAUGUUGUCCUGUGCUGGAGCUGACAGGCUGCAGACGGGGAUGCGCGGUGCCUUUGGGAAGCCCCAGGGCACGGUGGCCAGGGUCCACAUUGGCCAGGUCAUCAUGUCCAUCCGCACCAAGCUGCUGAACAAGAAGCAUGUGAUCGAAGCCUUGCGCAGGGCCAAGUUCAAGUUCCCUGGACGCCAGAAAAUCCAUAUCUCCAAGAAGUGGGGCUUUACCAAGUACAACGCUGAUGAAUUUGAAGAACAGAUGGCUGCGAAGCGCCUGCUCCCUGAUGGUUGUGGAGUCAAGUACAUCCCCCGGCGUGGCCCUUUAGACAAGUGGAGGGCACUGUGCUCUUGAGGGCUUCCCUGGACCAUGGUUCCCAGGACUCCCAAGUCUCACUGAAGCUCGCUAGUAAAUUCUGUUUGCUGACAAAAACAAACAAAAAGCAUUUUUUUAAAAAUUGAGCAGUUAUCCGGUUUCGAAUGUAGAAUGCUAGAGAAAUACUGUUUAUGUUAACACAACAUGUUUUAAUGGAAAAUACCUUCUUGAAGUGAGAUAAAUGUAUAUGCCAUGUAUGGAAAGCUAUUGCUAUUCUGUUCCAAACACUUUAAAUGUAUGAGAGUACUUAAAAAUGUUUUGU